AUGUCGUAUGAGCAGGACCAGCGACCGCUAUCUGGCACGUACACGUCUCGCUCGACCAGCACUUAUGGCCAAGUCAUCCCAAGACGAUCUUCAUUCGAACAUGCUUUGAUUCCCUCUUACCACUCUCAGUCCCGCUCGCGGAGUGCCACCACCUCGCGCAGCCCCAUGCGUGAUCAAGCAGCGCAGACAAUCGUCAUCCGCGCCCUACGUAACGCCGAGGUCGUCGACGGCACCAAGUGCGGUGUCAUCUUCACUCUACCACACCACGCCGGGGAACAAUUUCUCAAGGCGAUCGCCUCGCACAUGCGCCGUGCAAUGCUUCUCCACGCCCCACCCCCCGGGACCGUCCACCUCCAUCCGACCGUAUCCCCGAGCGCGCUCUCUGGCGUCUCAACGGGGCGCUACCUCUUCAUCCUCGCCCAGCCCUCGACUGGUCCCCCCGGCACGCUGAGCCCGCUGCUCGUCUGCUCCUCCAGCGCCGAGCUCGCCGACCGAUGCGGGACCCUCCUCCACGCGAAGCUGCUCUCGCGCGUCGCGCGCGCCGACGCCCGCCACGGCCGCUGGGGCGCGCUCAUCCGCGACCUCGGCGCGCUCGCCCCCGACUCCCCCCUCGCCGGCGGCGGCGACGACGAGGCCGCGGUGCGCGACGCGGUGCGCAAGGCCGCGCGCGCCCCCCUCGAGCCGUUCAUGGCCCCGCCCGGGUCGCGCUCGAUCGCGCUCGUGCUCGCGGACGCGCGCGCGCGCCUGCAGCGCCUGCCGCCCGCGGACGCGCUCGCGGAGCUGCAGCAGUCCGUGCCGCUCUACCCGGUCGUGCUCGUCGACAUCCGGCCCGAGGCGCAGCGCGCGAAGGAGGGCUGGAUCGAGGGCGCGCUCGCCGUCGAGCGCAACGUGCUCGAGUGGCGGUUCGACCCGCGGUGCGCGGCGCGGCUGACGAUCGCGGACCGGUUCGACUUGAAGGUGAUCGUGAUGUGCCAGGAGGGGUUCACGAGCAGCCUGGCGGCGGCGGCGCUGCACGAUAUCGGGCUGCUGAACGCGACGGACAUCAUUGGGGGGUACGCGGCGUGGCGCGCGGCUGGGUUGCCGGAAGUGGUGGAGACGUCGUCCACGGCGCCGCCCACUGAGGUGGGGGUGUCGGUGCCGAUUGAGCACGAGGGCGGAGGGAUAGAGUAG